AUGGAGCCACUUCACAUAGUUACGAAAGAAGAAUUACCUGUUUUGUAUGAGUGGUUGCAGAAACAUCUUCCCAACACAUAUAAGAUGUACGGGACAGUCUACCUACAGUUGGAGGGAAGGUGGCCGGGUACCAGGUUCUACACUUUGGGAUGGCCAGAGAUCCGAGCCGUCGGCGAGGGCACUGUCGAUGAAUCUGAGAGCAAGUGCCCUCAGUUUUUCAACCAUGUCCGACAUUUAAAUGUUUACGGUCCUGACCUUGCUGAUGUCGAGGAGCUGGUCCGCAGACCGGAGUUUGUGGACUGGACUAAGCCGGUACUGACUCACGCCAACUGUUACCAAAGUGCAGACGUUCUAGAAAAACUCAGCAAAGACACAGGGACACCUUUCAACAAACGGACAAGAACUCAACUAAUGAUCGCCUAUCCUGGAGACAUCAAACCAUGUCCAGUUCCAGAGGGGUUUGAAGUCCGACCUAUUGAUCCACAGCUGCACACAUCAUACAUGACAUCCACUUGGCCACAUCGUCGACAACACACGGAUUCGUACAUCAGGGCUGUUAUAGAAUCUUGUCACUCCGUUGGAAUCUUUGACAGGGACGGGAACCUGGCAGCCUUUGAGCUAGAAAACGAGUACGGAUUUUCAGCCCUUCUCCAUGUCAAGGACGAAUACAGAGGUCUCGGGCUUGCCAAAUGCGUGGUCAGUCUCCUGGCCCAGAAAUUGUUUAAAGAAAACCGACCAAUCCCUGCAGCUGUUAUAGCUUCCAACAAACCAGCUGUGGCUUUACAUGAACAGAUGGGGUUUAAAACAAUCAGCUACCUUGAUUGGUUCAAUUCAUUACGUCCUUCUUAG